AUGACAGUCCUCACAGCGGAACAGAAGCAGAAGUGGAAGGAAGAUGGCUACCUCGCCAUCCCGGACUUCUUCAGCUCCGAGGAGACGAACGAGAUGAUCACUCGAGCUCGUCAGCUGUUGAACGAAUUCGACAUCGAAGGUCAUCCACUAACCACCUUCAAGACCGCCGAAGACGGCGAGCACGUCGGCGACACCUACUUUCUCGAGUCGGGCGAUAAAGUCCGGUACUUCCUUGAAACGUCCGCUCUUACUCCCGCUACAGCAUCUGACCCUGCCAAGCUUCGGGUACCCCCCGCGCAGGCUGUCAACAAGAUUGGCCAUGCGCUAGCUGUUCUUGAUCCUGUCUUCAGGAUGUACACGCUCGAAUCGGACAAGGUGCGGGACCUGGCGAGGGACUUGGGAGAGCAGCAGAGCCCAAGAGUGCUGCAAAGUAUGAUCAUCUGCAAGCAGCCCAAGAUUGGGGGUUCAGUCCCGACCCAUAAUGACUCCACGUUCCUGUACUCCAAUCCACCAAGUGCUAUAGGUGCCUGGAUUGCUUUGGAGGACUGCACGCCGUCGAACGGAUGCCUGUCCUUUUUGCCCGGCUCGCACAAGACCGCUCGGAUAUCUUCCCGCUUCGUCCGUGCUGCCGGCGGUGGGACGACCUUCGUCCCCGUCCCCGGUGUCGAACCAAACGAAGAGUCAUGGGAAGAUAUGCCAGGUUGGAAGCAGGCGCCAUGUAAAGCUGGAACGCUGGUGUUGAUCCACGGGAGCGUGAUGCAUCGCUCACCACCAAAUCCGUCGGAGAAGUCGAGGUUGAUCUAUACUUUCCAUAUGAUCGAAGGAGCAGAGGGGUACACAUACGACGAGAAGAAUUGGUUGCAGCCGACUGAGGCUAUGCCUUUCGCCUCUUUGCUCUAG